CGUGUGGCUGGGAGGGGUCUUCCGCUUCUCCAAGGGCUACUUCCGGAUUGAGAGGCGAUCCUUGCGGGUGCUGAGUGCUGAGGUGCUGGGCGGGUCCGCGGGCUGGGCUGCGGCCCGCGCGCUGCCGGCGAUGCUCGGAGGCAGCUCCGGGGCUCGAGAGCGCGAAACAGAGGGCGACGGGGCCGGGGCUGUGGCUGCACCGCCCGCCAUUGACUUCCCCACCGAAGGCCCUGACCUCAAGUAUGAUGAAUCUGAUGUUCCAGCAGAACUCCAGGUGUUAAAAGAACCCCUACAACAGCCAACUUUCCCUUUUGCAGUUGCAAACCAACUAUUGCUUGUUUCUUUGCUGGAGCACUUGAGCCAUGUGCAUGAACCAAACCCAGUUCGUUCAAGACAAGUUUUUAAGUUACUUUGUCAGACCUUUAUCAAAAUGGGGCUUCUGUCUUCCUUCACUUGUAGUGAUGAGUUUAGCUCAUUGAGACUACAUCACAACAGAGCUAUUACUCAUUUAAUGAGGUCUGCUAAGGAGAGAGUUCGUCAGGAUCCUUGUGAGGAUAUUUCCCAUAUCCAGAAAAUCAGAUCAAAGGAAGUAGCCUUUGAAGCACAGACUUCACGUUACUUAAAUGAAUUUGAAGAGCUUGCCAUCUUAGGAAAAGGUGGAUAUGGAAGAGUGUACAAGGUCAGGAAUAAAUUAGAUGGUCAGUAUUAUGCAAUUAAAAAAAUCCUGAUUAAGGGUGCAACUAAAACGGAUUGCAUGAAGGUACUAAGGGAAGUGAAGGUGCUGGCAGGUCUUCAGCACCCCAAUAUCGUAGGCUAUCACACCACAUGGAUAGAACAUGUUCAUGUGGUCCAGCCACAAGCAGACAGAGUUUCCAUUCAGUUGCCAUCUCUGGAAAUGCUCUCUGACCAGGCAGAGAGAGAUGAAUAUGGUGUUAAAAAUGACGAAAGUAGUAGCUCAUCCAUUAUCUUUGCCGAGUUUACCUCAGAAAAAGAAAAACCCUUUGGAGAAUCUGAUGUUGAAAAUCAGAAUAACAAAUUGGUGAACUAUACCACCAAUUUAGUCAUAAGAGACAACAGUGAGUUGGAAUCAUCUGUUGAGCUCCAAAAAAAUGGCCUGGCUGAUUUGUCUACCAGAUCAAUCGUUCAGCAGCAGCUGCCACUUAGGCAUAAUUCAGACCUAGAAGAGGAUUUCACAUCUACCGAGGAAUCUUCUGAAGAAAACUUCAACUUGUUGGGGCAGACAGAGGUGCAGUAUCACCUGAUGCUGCACAUCCAGAUGCAGCUGUGUGAGCUCUCCCUGUGGGAUUGGAUAGCCGAGAGGAACAAGCGGGGUCGAGAGUGUGUGGAUGAAUCUGCCUGUCCUUAUGUUAUGGCCAGUGUUGCAACGAAAAUUUUUCAAGAAUUGGUAGAAGGUGUAUUUUACAUACAUAACAUGGGAAUUGUACACAGAGAUCUGAAGCCUAGAAAUAUUUUCCUUCAUGGCCCUGAUCAGCAAGUAAAAAUAGGAGACUUCGGUCUGGCCUGCACAGACAUCAUACACAAGAAUACAGACUGGACCAACGGAAAUGGGAAGAGAAUACCGUCACAUACCUCCAGAGUGGGUACUUGUCUGUAUGCUUCACCUGAACAGUUGGAAGGAUCUGAGUAUGAUGCCAAGUCAGAUAUGUACAGCUUGGGUGUGAUCCUGCUGGAGCUUUUCCAGCCGUUUGGAACAGAGAUGGAGCGAGCAGAAGUUUUAACAGGUUUGAGAACUGGUCAGAUACCUGAAUCCCUGAGUAAAAGGUGUCCGGUACAAGCCAAGUAUAUCCAGCACUUGACUAGAAGGAACUCAUCGCAGAGACCAUCUGCUAUUCAGCUGCUGCAAAGUGAACUUUUCCAAAAUUCUGGAAAUGUUAAUCUCACCCUACAGAUGAAGAUAAUAGAGCAAGAAAAAGAAAUUGAAGAGCUAAAGAGGCAGCUAAAACUCCUUUCUCAGGACAGAGGGGUGAACGACAGCAUGAAAGACGGAGUUGUACCUGUCUAGCCUUAAUUAGGCUAUGUCGGUAAUAUGAAAGUGUCGGUAAUAUGAAACAAUUUUAAACCCUUAAAAUUGUUAACUGGAGUGUAAAUUUUCAAUCUUUAUUAGGGCAUAAAUGGUAUAAUUCUUAAUUAUAUUUAGUAAGGCUGGACAAGACUUACUAAAGAUUUAAAAGUGCCCCUGCAUUGCUUUUUCCUUAGGGAGCUUUUUACUGCUCUGAAUUAAACCUGUUCUUUCCCUUUCCUAUUGCACAAGCUCCUAUUCCUGAAUUUCCUGCUUCAAUAUUACCAUCCACACAGUCCCUGAAACUAAAAAGACAUCAUCCUCAACUGUUCUUUCUUCUUUAAACUCUGCCCAUUGACCCCUUAGUCCCCCUUUAUAAGGUUCUGCUGCAGAAAUCGAUGUGUGUGCUCCCUACCCUGACUGCCUAAGCCCAGGCCUGCACACUGACUGGGCUGUUCCAAUGUGGACAGCUGCCAGUCUUCCUACCCUCUCACACUGUUGCUGAGGUUAAUUUACCAGAAAGACACCUGAUCAGUUCAUUUCUUGGCUCAAAACCUUUUGCUGGCUCUCUGCUGCCUCCAAGAUAAAAGCUCAACUCCUUGGCAGUGUGUACCUCUAGCCUUUUUGUCUGUUCUGCCCACCUUCAACUGAGCA